UUUCCCUCGCACGGAUUUGCCACUCGGAUGUUGUUUCCUCGGGAGCUGAGCUCGGAGCCACGUUGAACCAGCCUUUUCCUCCAGUGCUAUGACAGGCAAACUACUGGAGAAGCUGCCGGGGACCAUGAACACUUUGAUGAACCAAUUGCCUGACAAUCUGUACCCAGAGGAGAUCCCCAACUCUUUGAAUAUCUUCUCCAGCACCAGCGACUCGGUGGCUCACUACAACCAGAUGGCUGCAGAUAAUGUUAUGGACAUUGGCUUAGCGAACGAAAAGGCCGGUCAGGAAUUGUCCUCCUACUCGGGCACUUUUCAACCCGCCCCGGGCAACAAGACUGUCACCUACCUGGGGAAAUUCGCUUUCGACUCGCCCUCCAACUGGUGCCAGGACAACAUCAUCAGCCUGAUGAGCGCCGGCAUCCUGGGGGUGCCGCCGUCCUCGGGCGCGCUCACCAGCACGCAGAGCUCGGCGGGCAGCAUGGGGCCGCCGCAGGGCGAGGUGGACCAGAUGUACCCCGCGCUGCCGCCCUACUCCUCCUGCAGUGACCUCUACCCAGAGCCCGUCUCCUUCCACGACCCCCAGAGCAACCCCGGCCUCACCUACUCCCCCCAGGAUUACCAGGCGGCCAAGCCCGCCUUGGACAGCAACCUCUUCCCCAUGAUCCCAGACUAUAACCUCUACCACCACCCCAACGACAUGGGCACCAUCACGGAGCACAAACCCUUCCAGAGCUUGGACCCCAUCCGCGUCAACCCGCCCCCCAUAACCCCGCUGGAGACCAUCAAGGCCUUCAAGGACAAGCAGAUCCACCCGGGUUUCGGGGGGCUGCCGCAGCCACCCCUCACCCUCAAGCCCAUCCGACCCCGCAAGUAUCCCAACCGGCCCAGCAAGACGCCGCUCCACGAGCGGCCCCACGCCUGCCCCGCCGAGGGUUGCGACCGCCGCUUCUCCCGCUCCGACGAGCUCACCCGCCACCUCCGCAUCCACACGGGCCACAAGCCCUUCCAGUGCCGCAUCUGCAUGCGGAGCUUCAGCCGCAGCGACCACCUCACCACCCACAUCCGCACCCACACCGGCGAGAAGCCCUUCGCCUGCGAGUUCUGCGGCCGCAAGUUCGCCCGCUCCGACGAGCGCAAGCGGCACGCCAAGAUCCACCUCAAGCAGAAGGAGAAGAAGGCCGAGAAGGGCUCGGGAGGGCAGCCCCCCGCCGCGCCCCCCACCGCCACCGCCACCACCUCGCCCCCCGUCGCCCUCGCCCCCGCCGUCACCACGUGCGCUUGAGGGAUUGUGGGGGGCGGCGCGGUGGCACCCCUUCUCCUCCCCUUGCCCUCGGGCACCGCUCCGGGGGGAACCCCGCGGCGUUCAGGAUACCGGGGCCGUGCUGCGACGGGUCCGCUCUGCCCACACCCGGAUUGACCGGCUCCAGGCUGCCCGCGCCUGGAUCCUGCCCGCACUCGGAUCGACGGGACCCGCACUGCCCGCACCCGGACCGCCCGCAACUCGCGCUGCCCGCGCUGGGAUUGCCCGCACCACCCGGAUCCCGGCUCCCGCACCUUUCACAUCCCGGCUGCUUCCACCUGCACCGCCCGGGGCCGGCCCGCCCGCCCUGCCUGGAUCCCGGCCGCCCCCUCCCGCACCUCCCGGAUCCCGCACGGCCCGGGGCCGGGCUGUCCGCACCCUCCUCGGCCGGCUCUCCCGGAUCCCUGCUGCCCGCACCCUGUUCCCGGAUCCCCGUUCCCGGCACUUGGAUUACUCGCACCGCCCGGAUCUCGGCUGGAUUGCCCCAUCCCGGCUCUCCCGGCUCCGACUCUCCCGCACCCCACGGCCCGCACCCGGCUCCUCCCGGGCUGCCCGGGCGGCGGAUCCCGGGAAUAAUCCCGGCUGACCUGGAUCCCGGGGGCUCGGCCCGACCGGGGCUCGGUGCUCCAGGAUCGGGACCCCCUCUCCUCCCCACCCCGGGCCCGUCCCGCCCGGUUUCCCCGGGGCUGGGCGCUCCAGAAUCCGUGAGCGGAUGGAUGGAUGGAUGGAUGGAUGGAUGGAUGGAUGGAUGGAUGGAUGGAUGGAUGGAUGGAUGGAUGGAUGGAACUGAUCCAGCUCCUCUCCCCGCCGGGCCUGGAGCCCCCGUUGCCCCCCCGGCCCCGUGUCCCCUCCGUGUCCCCCUGUGUCCCCCCCGUGUCCCCAAGCACCGGCUCCCCGUGCUGGAGGUAAGACAGUUCGGCCCCCCAAGCUGGGCUGGCGGGACGGGGGGCGGCUCUGCGGGUCCCCCCAACUCCGGGGGGCGGCGGGGAGCUACGUCCCGGCAGCAGCUUUUGGGUUUGUUUUCUUAUUUUUGUUUUCUUUUUUUCCUUUUUUAUUGAUUUUUU